UGAAAGGUUGAGAAGUUCCCAUCAAGACAUGAAGAUCAUACUCUGUACUUUGAUUUUCUUCGUUGGAUUAUCGAACUGCGACGAUGUCUGCAAGCCGGCCAGCUGCAGUUCUUCAGGGCCAGUUGUUCGAUUCCCUUUUUGGUUAAAGAAUCGACACCCUGAUUGGUGUGGUUUUCCAGGGUUUGAGCUGUCGUGCAGUCGAAGUGGAGACACAGAGCUCGAUUUCUUGUUUCCGGUGAAAGCAUCUAUCGACAAAGUUACUAUUCCAUUGAACAUGACCGUGUCCGUCGGAGUUAUCGACUACAAGGAGCAAAAGAUGCUCGUAAGAAACUCGGUGGCGCGAUCCUGCCUCCCGGAAAGGCCCCCGAGAUCGAACUUUUCGGCCUUUCCGUUCGAGGUUGAACCACUGGGAUACGACGGGGGAUACACUUUGUUCAAUUGUACUAAUGCUCGGGAUAACGGCAAUCGUGUCGCUUGCCUUAGCAGCCAGAGCUAUGAAGUCGUUGCGUUUGGUUCUAUUUACGAGAUCACGUCGUUGCCUCCUCGCUCGUCUUGCUUCCCCAUGUACAACAUUUCUUUCGUGCCGGAUAAUUUGUACGGCCGGCAACCGGACGAUUACGGCGGGACACCGUAUUAUCUUCAUUGGAGAAAACCAGAUUGUCAUAAUUGUUAUGGAAAGGGAAGAUCUUGUAGGCUUAGGAAUGGCAGCAUUGCAGGGCAAACUGAAUGCUUCAAACUUGAUGGAUCAAGAGACAGUGUUCGAGUUGUUGUAGUAGGUGUAACUGUAGGAACUGUACUCGUACUGUUCAUUGUAGCCGUUAUAUACUCAGCGAAAAGAAACCGAGACAACCUCACAAGGUUCAAAAGAUCAUCGGCAAAUCACGAACAUAUGAAGGCUAUGAUUCGAUGUUCUUAUAAGGACUUAAAAAGAAUCACUCGAAAUUUCGAGGAGAAACUCGGACAAGGAUCACUUUACAAAGGGAUGCUUUCGGACAAAACUCCGGUCGCCGUCAAGAUUCUCCGAUGUUCUGCAAUAAGUGCCGACGAUUUAAAUGACGGAAUCAACAGAAUGGGCGCAAUGCAUCAUGAAAACGUGCUUCGAGUGAUCGGAUAUUGCAUAGACGAGCCAAAAAAAGCUCUCGUUUACGAGAUUUCGCCACGUGGCGCGCUAGAAGAGAUUAUGUCUUCGGAAAUACUCGACGGGGAGACGCAACGACGGGUUGCGGUCGGGAUUGCGAAAGGCAUCGAAUACGUGCGUCGAGGGUGCGGUCGAAAUAUUUUCGAUUUGAAGAUUAAUCCUCGCGACGUAUUGGUCGAUCGAGACUUCAAUCCGAAAGUGUUGGUAUGUCCUUUGAGUGAUGAUCGAGAAGCGAAUGACUAUACGGCGCCGGAGUUAUCGUCGACUAGCGACGGAAUUGCUCGCCGGAAAGCGGAUGUUUACGGUUUUGGAAUGGUGGUGCUUGAAAUGGUUUCGAGAAUGAGCGAUUCCGACGAAGGGGCAGCGGGGCAACGACGGCGAGAAGGGGAAGAGAAGCUUCUAGAAUGGGUGUGUAAUAGAUUGAAGAAUGAAGAUUGGGAGUUGAAAAAGAUUGGAGUUUUGGGGCUAUGGUGCAUUGAGUGGUUUCCUUGCAAUCGUCCCUCUAUUGAACAAGUCAUUCAAAUGCUUGAGGAAGAUGCUAACUAAUUUGCCAGUCAGAUCGACACGACAAGUUAUACUUAAAUAAAUUAUACGCGACGGACAAUAUUUGAAGAUGUCUAAAAAAAAAUUAAUAUCUUUCUUGAUAUAUUAAGAAUGUUGCCUGUAAGAAUCCGACUACUAUACAAAUUUACGUUGAG